AUGGCAAAUAAGAAAGAAACUGACUUUGAAACGAGAUCUGAUGAUGAGGAGGAGGAGAAAAUCCGGCUGCAAAGACCGUCAGGCGAGGCCUCGUCUCGAUCUUUGAGAUUACGUUUGUCUAGGCCUCAGAGUGAGGAGGAGGAUGAUGACUACGGAAACGGAGGUGAAGAGGAGGAGCUGAAAAAAACAAUCAUGAUAGGAAGUUCGUAUCAAGCGACAAUUCCCGAAGGGUUGUGUAAAUACGAUGAUGCCUUGCCAUAUGAAAAUGAUGACAAAUUGCUUUGGAACCCAGAUAAGCUGACAGAUGAGGAUAUAGAGUCGUAUCUGGUAAAGGCUCAGGAGCCGAUAUUUAGUAAUGCUCAAGGAGUUCAUGCUAUCCCUACCGGAGCUCAUACAAGAGACGAUGAGCAAGCGUUGUAUCUCCUACUGCAAUGUGGGUACAAUGUAGAUGAGGCACUACGUAGGCGAAGACUAAACGCCAUCCCCACCUCCGACACAAGCAGUUUGUGGUCUGAGGAAGAAUGCCGCAACUUUGAAAACGGCCUACGAGCUUUUGGUAAAGAUUUUCAUCAAAUUCAUCAAGAUAAGGUAAGAACGAGAUCUGUUGGAGAACUGGUACAAUUUUACUACCUUUGGAAGAAAACGGAACGACACGACAUCUUUGCCAAUAAGGCGAGGUUAGAGAAGAAGAAGUACACUUUGCAUCCUGGAAUAACGGACUACAUGGAUAGAUUUUUAGAAGAACAGGAAAGUGGAAUAAGUUCCGAGCAGAGAGAUAGAAGUGCUUCUCCGAAUCAUUCUCUGAGUGCGAGCGAUUCUAAACGGAAGCAACAUAUCGAAGAUAAGAAGGAAAGUGCUUUAGCAAAAGAAAGCACAUCAGGCAGUGUUGAAAUUACUGUAACUAAAACAACUUCCUCCACUGUUAGCCCCAGUAAAGUGGCAGUCCCGUCUGCUUCGGCCACGAUCACUCAAUGA